AUGAGCGUACCCGACGGUCGUGACCCGAUGCCCUUCGGACACCUCCCAUUCGACUUUUAUGUUAUGGACAAAUGGGACCCCUUUUCGUCCCUCACAAAAGCCCAGCAAUUCCGUGCCCUCGUUGAGUCUUGGACACGACUAGGCAAAAGUGGCCGCAAUAUAUACCCAGAUGGUGACGAUCUUCUUCCCGAGGAGAUCCCUCUUCAUGUACCUCAAGAUCUAAUCUCAGACGAAGAACGUGAAACGGAUGGCCAGAUGACCAGGGUGUUCUGGAUUCGGACGUGGUUUGGGCGAGAAGAUGAUCAAGCAAGUCAGGAUGCCGCCGAUGCUGGAUACAAACGUCUACGCGCGAUCAUGGAUGAGGAUGAAUUCGAGGUGUUCGUGGAAAAGGAGUGUUGGUAUGAGAACAAGGAGGAAUUUGGAUCUGGCAGUAACACCAUGCCUAAUGGAGAUAUCAAUCCUGAUUUCGUGGAUGGAGUCGCUUGCGGAACGCCAGGGUCCGUGCCAUCAUAUAUGAUCACCGCGCUAAUGCACAGACCCGAUACAUUAGACGGUCUAUCGAAGCGAGAUUGGCCUUCGUGGUACAUCGAGGAAUCGGUUGAGUCAGACAUGGUGCAGUGUCUCAUGCUCGUUGUCGCCGAUCGCAAGGCGUGUGAGGAGGGAUGGGUUCUUUUCAUGGCCGUGAAUGAGAGAGGAGAGGUCCUUCCCUUCCGAGUCCGAGAAAGGGCCUCUUGGACGACCCAACUGAUUGCAAACUACACAAAUGGCCAGAGAUUGGAUGAAAAUACCUCGGACCCUCAUGAGGAUAUUGAAUAUUACAUGCAUGGAGGCGAUGGCUGGGCUCCCAGUUCUGUUCUCUGA